AUAAACCUAAGACUUUAUGGUGACAGAAUGAUAAUCCAUUCUUUCAUGCAUUUUGCAGUACUCGAUAUAGAGGUAUACCAGCAAAAGAUUUAAUAGAUCAAUACAAAUUUAUAUACACUUUACUUUAUUGCAGUUGAAUAGUAUACUUCAACUUACUUACAUUGAACAUUUAUCACAUAUGUCAAUGUUAUUAUACUUUAAGUUUAAGUAGUUUGAUAAGGACCCUUUUAGCUCGGAAGUCGAUAUCCGGUCAAACCGUUCGGCACAUAAUAGGGGGCUGCAGUCGCGACUUGAAAUUUCAUCUUUCGAUGUGUCUCCUGUCAAAUUGAGGUACAAUUCCGUUUUAGUUACUCUUCCCAUUUACCGACUACCAAUUGAUUCACUAUAGUAGAAUUACCAAUUGUUAGAAUUGUAACAUAAUCAACCAAAUUAGUAACUCAAUUGGUUGUACCGGUUUGUCAUAUCUAUCUAUAUAGAAAUUAUAUAAGCUAUGGCUACUAAUCCAAAUGAGACAAUUGCUAUUCCGGAGCAAGUAGAAGUGAAACAAGCACCACUUCUAGGUGAUGGGACUGGUGUAGAUGCUCCUACAUCUAAACCAGUUGUUCCUAUUACUGGUACGGCUAGUCUUGAACCAAGUGAAGACUUUGACUUAAGUGAUGUUAAAUCUAAACCAGCCCCAAGAAAGUCAGUGGCACCAACUUAUAGAGGUUGGAAAGAAGUUGGAGGUUGGGGACAAGAUGAUAAAUUAACUCAAGAAGAUGAAAUUGUUGAUUUAUUAUCUCGUCCUUCAAUUUUUGAUACUUAUUUACCAGCAGUUGCAUAUGGAGAUUGGUAUCAUAAUGUUGGAUAUUUAAUUGUUGCAGGUUUAUUAUCAUGGAUAAUUGGAUGGUUUAGAUUUUCAGUGGCUCCAUUAUUCUUUGUAAUUGUGGUAUUUGCAAUUCUUUAUCGUUCAUCUGUUAAAAAGUAUAGAACCACUUUAAGAGAACAAGCUCAAAGAGAAUUUUCAGUUAAAAAGAUUGAAACUGAUUAUGAAACAAUGGAUUGGUUAAAUAAUUUCUUGGAAAAAUUUUGGUAUUUCUUAGAACCUUCAAUUGCCAAUAUUGUAUGUGAGCAAGUUAAUCCAAUUUUAGCUAGUUCACCAGCUCCAGCAUUUAUUAAAGCUUUAUGGAUUGAUUCAUUUAGUGCUGGUACUAAACCUCCACGUAUAGAUUGUGUUAAAACUUUACUUGAUACAGCUGAUGAUGUUGUUGUUAUGGAUUGGGGAUUUUCUUUUACUCCAAAUUCAUUAGCUGAUGCUAGUACAAAACAAUUAAAAAAUAAAAUUAAUCAAAAGACUAUAGUUAAAGCUUCAUUAUUUGGAUUUCCAUUUCAAGUUGCAGUAUCUGAUGUUGCUUGUAAAGGUCUUGCUAGAGUUAGAUUAAGAAUGAUGACAUCUUUUCCUCAUGUUGAAACCAUUAAUAUCUCAAUGUUAGAAGCUCCUCAAUUUGAUUUUAAUUCUAAAAUUAUUAGUGAUGCACCAUGGAUUUGGGAAGUUUUAUCAAUUCCUGGUUUAUAUCCAUUUAUUAAUGAAAUGGUUAAAAAAUAUGUUGGUUCAAUGCUUUUUGCUCCUUUAUCAUUUCAAUUAAAUGUUCAACAAUUAUUAUCUGGUUAUGCAUUAGAUUCCGCUAUUGGAGUUUUAGCAAUUAGUGCUGAUUCUGCUAGAGGGUUAAAGGGUUUUACUAAUAUUGGUAAUACUUUAGAUCCUUAUUUAACCUUUGGAUUUAAGAAGGAUGUAUUAGCUAGAACUAAAACCAUUAGUGAUACUAAUAAACCAUCAUGGAAAGAAACUGUUUAUAUUACAGUAAAUUCAUUAUCUGAACCUUUAAAUAUUACUGUGGUUGAUUUUAAUGAUUUUAGAAAGGAUAGAGAAGUUGGUACAAUUCAAUUUGAUUUAGAACCAUUAAUUGGAGAACCAAAACAACCAAGUCUCACUGCUCCAUUUAUUAGAAAUAAUAAACCAGUUGGUGAAUUACAAUUUGGUUUACAUUUUAUGCCUGUAUUACAAGCUCAAAAAUCUGCUGAUGGAGCAAUUACUCCUCCACCAGAAUUAAAUACUGGUAUUGCUAGACUUGAAAUUGCUGAAGCAAGACAUUUGAAAGAUGGAGAAAAGGGUGCUUCAGCUUUUGCUGAAUUAUAUAUUAAUGGUAAAGAACUCUUAAAAACAAGUGUUCAAAAGCAUACUAAUAAUCCAGGUUGGGGUGCUUCUAAAGAAGAAAUUGUUGAUAAUAGAGCUAAAGCCAAAGUUAAAGUGGUUAUUAAAACUAAAGAUAAAAUCCUUGGUACUAUUCAAACUUCAUUAAAUGAAUUAAUUGAUGCUACUCAAACUGAAAGAAAUUGGCAUCCAUUAGCAAAAGGUGGUGAAGUUCGGAUUGUUGCCAGUUGGAAACCGGUUGAUCUUGUUUAUGCUACUGGUUCUGGAGGUUAUACUCCACCAAUUGGAGCAGUUAGAGUUAGUAUUGAAAAGGCACAAGAUUUACGUAAUUUAGAAACCAUUGGAACUGUUGAUCCUUAUGCAAGACUCUUAGUUAAUGGAUUUGAAAGAGCUAGAACUGUUGCUGCUGAUUCCACCACCAAUCCAACAUGGAAUGAAAUUCAUUAUGUUACUGUAUCUUCAUCUAAUCAAAAACUUACUAUUGAAGUAAUGGAUGUUGAAAGGACUCAAUCUGAUCGGACAUUAGGAUCAUUUGAUGUAAGAUUAAGUGAUAUAAUUACUAAAGAUGAAAAGGGACAAUUUACUGAAUUUGUUGAUACUAAAAAGAGAACUGGUAGAUUAAUUCAUAAAAAGGGUCCUAAGGGAAUUGUAACUUAUUCACUUUCUUUUUAUCCUGCUUUACCAGUAAUGACUAUUGAAGAUCUUAAAGAAGAAGCUGAUGAAAAGGCUCAAGCCAAAAAGGAAGCUGAAGAGAAGAAAUUGGCAGCAGCAAAUGCCAAUGGAGAUGCUACUAAAGCUGAGAAUGGAUCUACUAAGGAAUCAUCAGAUUCUAUUAAAAAGAAUGGUAGUACACCUACUGAUUCUGUUGCCCCCGAUCAACAGGUUGAUGAAGAUGAGGAUGAUGAAGAUCUGGGCAAUUCCAAAUUAAAAUUAUCAUUAGAACAAUUAAUUGGUUAUAACAGUGGUGUGUUUAUUUAUGAAAUUAGUGAUGGAACAUUAACUAAAGAUGAUGUAUACUUACAAGCAUUCUUUGAUAAUCAUGGUCAUGCUGACUUUACAUCACAAGAAAUUAAGACUAAGAAAACUAAUCUUUCUACUACUGGUGAUGUAGUUAUUAAAGAAUUAGGAUUUUCAAAAGUUAACUUUAGAAUUGUUAAGAAGAAACAUGAAAAUCGAGCUGAAACUCCAAUUGCUGAAUAUAAUAAUACCACUUUACAAUUAUUACAAAAUCAUUAUUCUAGAGCUGAUAAAAUUAAAUUAACUGGAGCAGGAGAAGCCACAUUUACUAUUAGAUGUCAAUGGAUUCCACUUGUUUAUAAGAGUGGAAUUCCUCCACAAGAUUCAAUUAAUAAUACUGGUAUAUUAACCAUUAAUGUUAAGAAUGCCGAAAAUUUACCAGCAGCUGAUAGAAAUGGUAAAUCAGAUCCAUAUGUUGAAUUAUAUUUAAAUACUGAUACUAAUGAUUUUUAUAAAACCAAGAAAAUUAAAAAGACAUUAGAUCCAGUAUGGAAUGAAACAGCUAGUACUCAACUUAUUAAUCGAUAUGAUUCUACUCUUAAAAUUGUUUGUUAUGAUUGGGAUAUGGGACCAGAAAAGGAUGACUUAUUAGGAAUUGGAUAUGUUAAAUUAAAGGAUGUUGAACCUAAUUCAGAACCUCUUGAAGUAACUGUUGCAUUAACUGGUGAAGAUGGUCAACCAGCUGGUAAUGUAUUUAUAAGUCUUAGAUUUAAACCAGAAUUCUUACUAAACGUUAGAAGAGCAAGUACUUCACUUAAUCCACUUGGUGCUGUAGGUGCCGUAGGAAAUGUUGGUCUUGAUGCAGGUAAGGGAGUUGUUAAAGGAGUUGGUAAUGUUGGUAAAGCCUUUAAGAAGGGUUUACACUUUGGUAGUAGUAAAGAAAAAGAGUAGACUAUCAAUUUUUUUAUAAUUUUCAUAAUUUUCAAAAUUUUUAAAAUUUAUGUAAUUUUAUAUAUCAUUCAGUUGUAACUGUAUAAUGUCAA